AUGCAAAUAAAACUAAUCCGUAACGAAGCUGGUAUUCAAGAAUGGAUAAUAAUGGAAUUUACAGGUACAUUUAAAUCUGAUGAAUUUAUGCUUAAUGGACUUUCACCUGGAUCAGUUGUAUGGAGAAAAAAAGAAGAAUCUAUUGUAAUGGUAACUGGGCAUACAAUACUUGAAGGUGGUGUAAAAAAGUUAGAAAAACCAUUAUUAGUUUUGGAUAAAUGCCGUUACAUACCAAAUAAUGAUUCACCAGAUAACCAAGUAAAAGUGGUUGGUGUAAUAAAAAGAAAAAUUGUUUUUACUUCUAGACCUCGACCAAUUGUAACACGAACUUAUGAAUUAUUGGUGUGGUUAUUUUUAAAAAAAGAAAAUUAG